ACAGAUGUUCUGUGGAGAAAGCAAAGACAAGACAAAGCCCAUGGGUGUUUAAACUCCGAUUCCCACCCUGUCCUAAACUCAUGUCACACACGGAGGAACUGCACCUCUUCUGCGGCCCAGUAAACCCCGCAGUAACAGGUUAGCGACCACUGAGCAAGGGCCAGGCAUUGUGCUCAGCCCCUCGGAACACGAACCCACUCGAUCCUAAAACCCUGAAAGCCGGUAGGGCCACCAAUCUCCGCCUCCCAUCUGAAGGCGGACAGGUUAAAAAGAGCUUGCUGAGUCCCCCAGCCAGGGCUGGGCUUGAGGCCGGAGCUUCACCACCGGUGCUUCUUAGAGAAGGAAUCAAACUGAAGUUAGGCUGAGCACGCAUUUGUCGAAACUCAGAAAGAGACGUGGGCACAGGGCCGCCUUCUCAGGCAGAAGGCGCUGUGUGAACGCGGGGACGGAGCCCGGCAAGGAGCACAGCGGCUCAAGCGUGAAGAGCAGAGUUGAUAAACGCGGAGGGCAGGGACACACCGUGUGACCGGGGCGCCUGCAGAGGGUUCCAGGUAGCACUUUCUCCCCCGAGAUGAGGACCUGGGCCCCUCAAUGUACUGGAAGCGCUAGGCUGGAGGACGAUUGUGUCUUUUAAGUCCUUUCAAGCCUUACUGGCCCGGCGUCCCACGGAAACUUUGAAGCAGGGGGGUUGGGAGUGAGAAGCGAAGCAAAGAAAAAGCAACCGAAAGGAAGCGGGGAGGUUCAGUGUCAGACAGCCGGCGCUCUCCUCUCUUCCUGCCCGGCCUCCCGCUGCCUCGGCCUCCCUCGGCUUGGCACCCCGACCACCCCGCCUUCCGUCUCAUGGCCAACUAUGAAUUCAGCCCGAUGCCCAGGGACGAGCGCUGCUGCCGGCUCUCUAGGAGAUCCAGGGUGUGUCUCUGCCUCGGUCUCCUGGUCCUGGUGGCCUGCGCGGUGGUCCUGGCGGCAGCCCUGACGUGGUCCCGCGCACAGACGCCCGAGCCCUUGGCGUGGAACGGGGCGGGCACCACCCGCAACCUGUUGGAGCUCGUCCUGGGCCGGUGUUACAGCUACACGCAGCUCGUCCGGCUGGACCUCAGAAGCAAAGACUGCCCAAAGAUACUAGAUGCAUUCAAAAAUGCAUUCAUAUCAAAGAACCCUUGCAACAUUACGAAAGAAGACUAUGAGCCCCUCCUUGACUUGGUCAACCAAACAGUACCCUGCAACAAGAGUCUGUUCUGGAGCAAGUCGAAGGACCUGGCCCAUCAGUACACCAGGGUGCAGGGCGAGAUGUUCACGCUGGAGGACACGCUGCUGGGCUACCUUGCUGACGACCUCACGUGGUGUGGAGACCCUGGCUCUGCAGAACUGAACCAUCAAUCUUGCCCGCACUGGAAUGAGUGCCUCAGCAACCCGGGCUCAGUGUUCUGGAAAGUGAUUUCCCAGAAGUUUGCAGAAUCUGCCUGUGGUGUGGUCCAGGUGAUGCUCAAUGGGUCCCUCAGUGAACCCUUCCGAAAAUCCAGCACUUUUGGAAGUGUGGAAGUCUUUAAUUUGGAUCCAAGGAAGGUCCAUACAUUACAGGCCUGGGUGAUGCAUGACAUCGGAGGAAUUUCCAGUGACUCAUGCUCGAGUGCUUCCAUCAAUGAACUGAAGUCAAUUGUGACUGAAAGGAAUAUGACAUUUACCUGCCAGAAUAACUACAGGCCUGUCAGGUUUAUUCAAUGUGUGAAAAAUCCUGAGCAUCCGUCUUGCACAUCUGAGAUCUGAGCCAUGGUUGUGUUAGAUCUUGGAUGCUUUGUGGUACACAGGACUCAACAACACCCCAUGGAAAGCGGAUGACUUGGGCGAGAAUUCUCAAUCAGAAGGUCAACACCAAAGACGGAAGCUUUGUCCCUCAAAGUACCAAGAUAACAUAUGUUAUCAGCAUAGUUUUUUUUGUGUGUGUUCUACUAAUAUUCAACAAAAAUUGUAUAAAAUUAGAAUGAAGAUUUUAUACUAAGUUAUUUUUAAAAUUUUUUUUUCAUGUUUUGCGCUUAUGUUGUUUAUAUAUUGGUAACUUUUGGGGGGCAGUGCUAGCAGUUAAGCCAGUGUCUCAUGCAAGUCAGGCAAGUGCUGUAUGACUGAACUACAUCCCCAGUGCAGCUAGUACCAUACUUUCUGAUGAAAAAUGACCCCAGCAAACCUCUCUUAUUAAAACAGGCAAAAGAGGAAAAUAAAAUGCUCCAACUUUUCAGAAGACAGUACAGCCCAAGCAAACAACUUUAUCUCAUGAUCUAUAUUUGCACCCUUCCUAAGGCUAAAGUCAUACAUUUAGUAUCAACAUAGGAGUUGGAUUUGAACUCCGCUCCUUCCAGCUCCAAAGUAUAUGUAGUAUGUGUAGUUUCUCCUUCUAGGCAUAUAAUACCAAGCUGACAACAUCUUAUGUCCUCCAACAAAUGUGUGUCAGAUGAAAUUAAACACAAUAAAAUCUAGAGUAUGAUCUUUCUAGAUGGUAUCAAAACAGAUUAAUUUUUUCCUCCUCAUGUUCAAUAUCUUACAUAGAGUCCGCUGUUAAAAUACAUUUGAUCUUGAUACCGGUCAUUUAUGUUUUCUUCCUUUUUUCCUUAGAUUAGUUUUGUUUGAGAUUUAUCCAUUUUAUCAUUUUUUAAAAGAACUGACAUUUAGCUUUGUUGAUUUUCUCUAUUUACUUGGUUUUUGCUCUUUAUUUUUAGAAAUAUAAAAAUUUCUUCUGAUUUCUCCAAGUAUCUUUAUUCAGUUUCUUGAGAUGGAAGCUCAGGUCACUGCUUUUUGAGCCUGUUUUCUCUUCUUUUACAUGUUUUUUAGGAGUAUAAAUUUUCCUCGGAGCCCUGCUUUGGUUGCAGCUCUUAGGUUUCCAUAUGUCUUUUUUGACUAUCAUUCAGUUAGAAGUAUUUUCUGAUUUCAUUGUUAUGAAGAAGUAUGUUGCUGGAGAUUUAUUAUUUUUCCAAAAACAGAUGCACUGAAUGAGAAUUAAAACAUGAAGGCUAGGCUUCUUCAAAGAAUUUCCUUGGUUUGUUGAAGAUGGAAUAAAUGUUGGAAUCAAA